CCCUGAUGUGGGCUCAGUUAACCCUCCUGCUCCUGGAGCGGAGCCCAGGCGCCCACCCCCUCGGAGGACGAGGACGCUUACACCCAGCGGAAUCAGAAGCCCGUGGCCUGGCCAGCUGCAGGGGUGCAGUGAAGACUGGCACCCAGAUCUGCUGAUGGCAGUGGACGAGCAAAGGCUGGCCUUGUGGUCAGCCUGCUGCCUGUCAGGCCCAAAAGGGAGGGGAUCACAGGCCACAUUCCUCGUGUGGCUGGGCGAGCCUGGGACUCUGGCCCUCAGCCCAGGGGGUGUCCUCCCUCUCCCUCCGGACCCCCUCUACAGGAGAUGGCUUGCUCUCUGAACCCUCAGUGCAGCCUCAGGUGGAGCGAGGGAGGCGUCGGAAGACUUCUCCACCCAGGUGAAUUCCUCGUCUCUCAGCUCGCCAGCCGGGAGGGGCUCCAUGGCUGCCCCCUCGCUGCACCCCUCCCUGGGGCCUGGCAUCGGCUCCUCCCUCGGCUCCCCAGGACAGCUGCACUCGCCCAUCAACGGCAUGGGCCCGCCCUUCUCUGUCAUCAGCCCCCCCAUGGGCCCCCACUCCAUGUCGGUGCCCCCCACACCCGCGCUGGGCUUCGGCACUGCAAGUCCGCAGCUCAGCUCGCCCAUGAACCCCGUGAGCAGCAGCGAGGACGUCAAGCCCCCGCUGGGCCUCAACGGCGUCCUCAAGGUCCCCGCCCACCCCUCAGGAAACAUGGCGUCCUUCACCAAGCACAUCUGUGCCAUCUGUGGGGACCGCUCCUCAGGCAAGCACUACGGCGUGUACAGCUGCGAGGGCUGCAAGGGCUUCUUCAAGCGGACGGUGCGCAAGGACCUGACCUACACCUGCCGCGACAACAAGGACUGCCUGAUCGACAAGCGGCAGCGGAACCGGUGCCAGUACUGCCGCUACCAGAAGUGCCUGGCCAUGGGCAUGAAGCGGGAAGCCGUGCAGGAGGAGCGGCAGCGGGGCAAGGAUCGGAACGAGAGCGAGGUGGAGCCCACCUCCAGCGCCAACGAGGACAUGCCCGUGGAGAAGAUCCUGGAGGCCGAGCUGGCAGUGGAGCCCAAGACCGACACCUAUGUGGAGGCCAACAUGGGGCUGAGCCCCAGCUCGCCGAACGACCCCGUCACCAACAUUUGCCAGGCGGCGGAUAAGCAGCUGUUCACCCUUGUGGAGUGGGCCAAGCGGGUCCCGCACUUCUCGGAGCUGCCCCUGGACGACCAGGUCAUCCUGCUGCGGGCAGGCUGGAACGAGCUGCUCAUCGCCUCCUUCUCACACCGGUCCAUCGCCGUGAAGGACGGGAUCCUGCUGGCCACCGGGCUGCACGUCCACCGGAACAGCGCCCACAGCGCGGGGGUGGGCGCCAUCUUCGACAGGGUGCUGACGGAGCUUGUGUCCAAGAUGCGGGACAUGCAGAUGGACAAGACGGAGCUGGGCUGCCUGCGCGCCAUCGUCCUCUUCAACCCCGACUCCAAGGGGCUCUCGAACCCGGCCGAGGUGGAGGCGCUGAGGGAGAAAGUGUACGCAUCCCUGGAGGCCUACUGCAAGCACAAGUACCCAGAGCAGCCAGGGAGGUUCGCCAAGCUCCUGCUACGCCUGCCCGCCUUGCGCUCCAUUGGGCUCAAGUGCCUGGAGCACCUCUUCUUCUUCAAGCUCAUCGGGGACACACCCAUCGACACCUUCCUCAUGGAGAUGCUGGAGGCCCCACACCAGAUGACCUAGGCCUGCCCGGACGCCCACUGCUCUCCUCCUGAGCCCCAUCCCGCCCUUCCCUCCUGGCCUGCCCGGGCCUCUGGGCACAACUUGGCCCGCUCUGCCCAGGAGCUGCGCUGGCGUCCUCGUUCCAUUCCGACCUGCUUUGGCCCAGGGCAGUGGCUUUACUGGAGCAGCGGCCAGAGUGGCCAGAACUGGUGUGAGACCCGGCCAGGGCUCACCCCUCGGGUUCUUGCGGAAGCCCUGCUGGCACCUUGGGGGGCUUAGGUGGCUACGGGGUCUUCAGGCCCCAGCCCUGGAGCUGCAGGAGGGGGAAGGGAGGCUUUGUUUGGUUGCUGUUCAUUGUUGCUGGUUUUCAGACUUUCUGGCCCUCCUCUGAUGGGAGGGCCCCUCCGCGCCUGCUCUGAGCACUGGUGCGGCCAGGAGGGCUGGCGGGCUGGCGACGUGGCAGGCUGGUGUUUGAUGUGAGGGAAGGUGGGACCCUGGGUGGGCAGCUCCCCUGCGCUCAGAGUGAAGGGUGAGCCGCCCCCUUUUCCAAAGAUAACUUGUGACUUCGCCCCAAACUGGUGACAUGAGCCAACCUCUGCGGGGUUGUGGGGCCACCCCGGCCCCACCUUGCUUUGCUCUACACCAUCCCCCUGGUUUCCGCUUCUCCUCUGUGGUCUCAUCUGGUUGAGGUGCCUGGGCCACAGCACCCUGGUCUCGCCCACCGCACCUUCCCUGCUGCGGGCCUGGAGGACCAGCUCCGUCCUGGGCAUUGGUGCUGCAGGGGCCUCACCGAGGCUCACGGGCCAUGCCCUGUGUCUGCUGCCGACCUCGUGGCCGACUUGGCCACUGGAGGGCCGCUGGCUUGUCCCCUGCAGGGACGCCGAGGGAUUUGGGUGAAUGAGCCAUGGGCAGGGGCAGAAGCGACCGGGUCCUGGAGUGACUCCUGGGCACCGCCUGGGCUCCUGCCAGGCCUCCUUCUCCGUCCCACUGCCUGGUUCUGUCUGGAAGACUGAGAACCUGAGAACCGUUGUGUCCCAGCAUCCUUGGGCCUAGGCCCCCUGGCCCUCAGGACCACCGGCCUGGUUGUUCGCGUCACUCACACAGAGCCUUACAUGGCAGCCCCACUGGGCCCACCCUGGUGAAGGCUGCAGGCUUCAGCCCAGCGGCUUCCUCACCCCCCUGCCCUGGGGCUGCAUGGCAGGGUCUUGGGGUGAGCAGGCCUCUUGCACCACAAGGCCCUCCCUUUGGCCCAUGGAUCUGGCAUUUGCCAAUGGCAGAUGCCUGAACAGGAGUGGUCGACCAUGUGUGGGGGGUCUGCUUUUUUUAGAAGCAGUUCAGAAAUGGGGGAGUGGGCUGCCUUCACUCCAUCUGGCACCGAGGUGUCCUUGGGAGUGGGAGAGGCAGUGACUGGGAGAGGUGGGGCUCGGGCUUCAGAGGCACCUGGGCGGAGGCUGCAGCCGAGUUUGUGCUUGAGCCAGAGGCUGUCAGAGUCCAGAAACAUCUCUGCCCCACCUGCCUUUCAGUGAGGUGGCUUGGGAGAGCUGUCCCUGCCUGCCUGAUCUGCUGUCCUGAGGCGGGGAUGGGGCCCAGGUGAGCCUUUUCUGUGCAGGGCCUUCGACAGCCGUCCCUCACCCAGGCUCCUCCAGGGGUCCAGGCAGCCAGUGGGCUGGGGUAGCAGGCAGUGAGGCCAUGUUCUCGGGCACCCCUGCUCCCUGGUGGGGGCUAGGGACCCGCCACACCCACACCUGGUGCCUUGAGCAGCCGUUGCACCUUCCUCCAGCACAGUCCCGGCCUUGCACCGUGCCCACCAGAGGAGGAACCCAGGGGUAGGCCUCUGUUGCAGGGGUCGGCCCUCACAACCUUGCCCUGCGGCCAUGGGUGGCCAUGUCCACAGCACUGAGGCCCGCCCAGUGCCACCUCCCCAAACCAGGACCCUGCUCUGCCCGCACAGCCUUACCCGCUGCCCACGUCACCUUAGCCCCUCCCAUGGGGUCUCGUGCUCCUUGCGUUUGUCUUGUCGUUGUCAUCUGUACAGCGCUGUCUGUGGAAGGUGACCCGGGAAAACGGCACAUUGCUCAGUAGAGAGGUAGAAUUUGUAUUUAACCAGACCGUCGGUUGUAUUCCAAUCUGGUUCAAUUAAGGUGAUCUUUUUGUAAUUAUUAUUGUUAUUAUUAUUUUGGUGGGACAAUCUUUAAUUUUCUAAAGAUAGCACUAACAUCAGCUCCUUAGCUGCCUCAGCCCAGCUGGAUGGAGGGCUCCCUCUCGGUGUCUCCUCCCAGCCACUGCUUCCUGGCCCUGGGCCCUGGGCCUCGGACACUUGCUCAGCUGUCACCUCCCUGCUUGGGCCCCUGCGGCUGAGGAAUGAAGACCCUGCAAGGCCGGCCCUGCCCCUCCCUGUUGGGGAGCUUGGAAGACACCUACCCAGACCGUUCCCGGGUGGCCUGUGCUCUGGCUGGCCCGUCACCUGGGAGCGUGCGGUCUCUGGGAACGAGGCCCCACCCUUGGUCUCCCGCCACGGGGCCGGCAGAGCGAGUGCCUGCGGAUAACAGCUGGGGUUGCGCAGCUGGAGUCGGCGUGCGGCCUGGUCGGCGCAGGGUGCUGCGCACGUGCCGUGGAGGGUGUGGAGCCGCCCGCCGUCACCACGCAGGAGACGCACGGCCGUUUCCGUGUCUUGUGUUUCUGUUUGAUCAAGACCCCGCCCCCCGUUUUCCUGUAAAUUUGCUUCAUGUAAGCAAGUACCUGAGGACCCCUCCUCUGGUGAAAUCCGGGUUCAGACGAGUAUCUCGAGGUAAGGAGAUGCAUCUAUUUUAAGAUGCUGUGGAGCGAGCGCGGUGCCGGGCCAGUCUUCAGCCAUGCCUUAGCUGGGCCGCGUGGCUGGCGCUGGUAGGACCUGCAAAGACGAAAGAUAAGAGAAAGUGUCUAAAGCAUCGGGAAAGGUAAAAAAAAAAAAAAUCUAUUUUUGUACAAAUGUAAUUUUAUCCCUCAUGUGUACGUGGGUGAUACGCGGGGGGAGGGCUGCUCCCAGACAGGCGAGUCCUGCGGAGGUCACCCGCCGGACUGCCCUGGGGCAGCAGGGCCGGCCUGAGCUGGCUAUGGGUUUCCCUCCCCUCUGAGUAGUUCCCAAGCCUCGCCUGGGCCGCCCUGGCUGCCGGGCCCUCUGCGGCCCCGACUGUGAAUGCCUGCGUAACUUCUCAGCAUCGCGGCCACAGGUGCCGCGGUGUGGGACGAUGGUGUCCGGAUUGUGGAAGAGAAACAGACGUGAGAGGGGAAACAAAAUACGAGCAUUUGAGACUA